GCCGACAACAUGGCGGCCCCCGUAGCGAUUCACCUGGAGUUCGGAGGAGGAGCAGAGCUGCUUUUUAAUGGCGUGAAGGAACAUCAUGUGACUCUUCCAAUCCAAUCGGAACCAUGGGACGUGAAGCAGCUGCUGGUCUGGAUCCAACGGAGCCUGCUGAAGGAGCGGCCUGAACUCUUUGUCCAAGGAGACUCUGUGAGACCUGGGAUUCUGGUGCUUAUCAAUGAUGCGGACUGGGAACUAAUGGGGGAGCUGGAUUACCAGCUACAAGACCAAGACAACGUUGUGUUUAUUUCUACUCUUCAUGGCGGAUAGAAAAAAAAAAGAAUGUGCACAAACAUAUCCCUGACUUCUCUGUAACCCCCUUUUUCGCUCCGCAUCCUCUGUGCUCGUCAGUCCCUCCCCCCCCCCCCCCCCCCGCAUCCCAACAACACGAAACCCUCUGGGACGCCGUGAACGUGUCAACCUGCACCUUGACGACUGAGGUGAUUGAUGUUCGUCUGCAGGAAUGAAGGGGAAUUCAAAGAUUGGUAACUGAAAAACAAUGUGGAUUCUGUGAGACGGGAAUUCUCCGGACCUUCACGUAAAUACCAACACUUUUUCUCGUUGUUUUUUUUGGAUCAAAUUGGACAGGCUCUGGACGGGCAGUAGUAUAAAGCUCUGGUCGUACUGGUCAUCGUACAGAGUGUGUAUCACCUACACUCUGUGUGUUUGUCCUUUCACAUCUCCGCAGUGUCUCUUCCAGCAUCAAGAAUAUAAGAGACACAAUGACCUCAUCUUGAUUUAAAAUGUCUUUCGGCCGAAGAUAAUAUUAAGGGAAAGGUAA